CUAAAGCUUCAACAUCAGUGGUAGAAUUUUUCGAUUGUAUGGCGUUUCGGGAUCCGAACACAAGAAAAUAUUAUGCUAUAAUUCAAUAUGCAUCAGAUGGUAGUUUAAAAAAUAUUGAAAAGUGA